AUGUCCGCCCAGAACCACGGAGAAAAGGCCGGCGAAGGCGUCAAAGGCGUCUUCAAAUCCAUCAACGACGUCGGCGAAUCUCUCCGAGGCAACAUCAACGGCGCCCUAGACGGCUUCGGCGACGCCAUCACGGGCAACAACCGCAGCCAUGCCCACUCUUCUGGCUUCGGCCACAGCAGCGGAUCUUCUGGACUCGGCCACUCAACCAGGUCAACAACCUCUUCCGUCCAGAAUGAUUCGGAGAAGGUGCGACGAGAUCUGAACAAGGGCCUCGAUGACGCGGGGAAGAAAGUCGAAAACUUUGUGCAUCACCACAAGUAG